AUGGAUAAGAAAAAGAGGGGAAAACCCAUAUAUUUGGGUUGGAUUUCCAUGGAUACCUACAACAGAGUAGGUUAUCCAUUGCCAUCCCUAAACGCUGAGCUUUUCGAAAUCUUGGAUGAGGUGAUAGAUAUUGACUUGGUGGUUAAUCUAAAGCUCCCAGAAAGUGUACUAAUUGAGAAAUGCCUGGGGCGAAGGAUUUGCAGUGAGUGCAGGAAAAAUUUCAAUGUAGCCUCCAUUAAUGUCAAAUGUGAGAAUGGGAGUCCUGGAAUUAACAUGGCUCCACUUCGUUCUCCCCCACAAUGUGUUUCGAAGCUCAUCACUCGGUCUAAUGAUACUGAAGCUGUAGUAAAGGAACGACUCUGCAUUUACAAUGAAAAGAUAUUUCCCGAGUAGCAGUUUGCUUGUGGAAUGUAGGCGUGUGAAGAUUGCGAUUAACUUUUGCUUUUGUUACCCACGGAAGAAUCAUGAGAGAAACUUUUGUUUUUGAAUUCCGUCACAAAAAGACAACUUUGCCGUCGCAAAAAAAAAAGUGACGGCAUUGUGCCUCGCUAAAACCUUUUAGU